GUAACAAAUUGCACUACUAGAAGUUGAAGAAUAUUGGUAUUGUGUUGACGUUGACCAACUAGAAGAUAUGUUCAUUGUUCUGAAGAUUCAUCUGUGUACCUUGUUCUUGUUCUGAAGAUUCAUCUUUGUACUUGUUGUAAUGUUGAAGAUCGGGAGUGUUAUUAAUUUUCGAUGUCUUACUCCCCGCUCACAACCGUACUAGUUGGUGUUGUGCCGUUGCGAAGUGUCCUCUUGCUUUGGCUGCUCGUCUCAGUAGGUUGUUUGGUUGUGGCAGAUACUGAUGCUAGUGCUGCUGGCAGCAGCGUAGAAGUGGACAGUAAGUCCCGGAAGGGUUCAAAUCCCAGUUCGAGUAGUGCAGCUUGGAUAGAAAAGCAAGGGUUGGAAUUCUUGUACGGCAAUGAGACCAGUGGAAAUAAGCAUGAGCUGCUGCGCAAGACCCAAGCUCUGGUCCAUCAGAGCAUGGAGAGGGAUCGCCGGAUCUAUUUCUCAGUGGCCAGAAGAAAGUUCGCCCAUAACAAAAACAAAAUUCACAUUCUGCAAAAAGCAUAUUCCAGGCAACGACGACGUAGGGCUCUUGAAGAUAAUAUGACUAGUAUCAGAAAUAGGGAAAGGGAUAGGGUGGAUAGCAGCAACGGCAGGGGACAUCUUGAAGCACAAUCCGAGGAAGCCGCAAAGGCUGAAGGCGCAGAAGGAGAGGCUCCUGACCUAGACAUAUCCGAAGCCGAUCUAAAAGCCCUAGCUGCAGCCGAUCAGUACAGCAUAACUGUAGAAUUUGAAAGGGAGAAGGCCCUCGAAUUCAGUCUACACGAUAAGCGGGAAGCCCUGAGGCCUCUGGCGGUGAGUGGAGAAGUCGCAGAUGCGUCAGUAUACCAGAAUGUUGGACGCGGAGUUGAAGAUCUUGAUGUUCAGCAAGAAGUUGAUGCUGUUGCACAAGAUGAAAAAUCAAGAGACCCAGAGCACGUUCUUGACUCUUCAGCUUCAUCCGCUGAAGGAGAUCAACAUGGCAUUGGAUCUGGAUACUUGUUUCAUAGUGCGAAAGCCCGUAGUAAAAUUACUAGUGGAGCUGGAGGGACUACGAACGUCGAAGGAUCUACUUCUCCAGUUCAGGACCCAAACGCCUACCUUAAAUUACAGCGCGAUUUUCCUCCCGGAUUGGUUUUUGGGUACAAACGGGAACAUGCCAUGUCCGUGAACGGGCAUGACAUCGUAAUCUGCGGAAUGGAUCAUUUGUGUAUUGGCUCUGUUAUGGCACAUGGGUCAUUUCUGUCUGGGGUCUCUUAUGGCACAUCAAAGGUCCGCGUAGAGAUAGUAAGUCUCAAACAUAUUAAAUGAUAGAAGUGCUGUCGUGCUGAUGAUCUACUAGCAUAAAAAAUCUGUUUUAACGUGAUGAAUGAGAUCGUGAAUAGUGGAAAAAAUUUAUACGUUAAACCCCGACGUCGAGUAUACAUGCUUUUCUUCAUCCUUUUUCAUACAUUUUUGCGAAUAUAGCAAGGCGAAUAUGACCAGUGAUGGCACGUUUUGGCUUGGACAGGAUUCCGUUACGUUUUACAACAAAACCCGAUGUCCUCACUGGUGUGAGUGCAAGGUGAUGAGUGGGAGAGGAUUACGGAAGCGAGCAUCGAAGGACAAGAGGAAGCAGGAAUCUUCAGGUUCAGAAGAAGAGGAUGACGCAGGAAAACGAGGAGACCAUCAUGCUCAAGGAGGAGCGCUGGAAUCGGGGGAUCCCGUAGAAGAAUCAUUUCCUGAAGAAGACACAGAGUGGAAGGUUGCGCAGCGUGUGGACGGCUGUCCUGGUACGAUUGUUCCCACACGGACUUAAGGCUACUUCAUCCAGGGAUCACACAUCUUCCUUCUAAGCUCUGAUUUUCCUGAACGGACAUCACUUGUAACUAAGGAUCACACUCACACAUCUUCCUUCUAAGCUCUGAUUUUCCUGAACCGACCGAUGAUGUCCGGACAUCUGGGAUAUGGCAGCAGGGUGAACACAUGGCUCAGGGUGACGAAUUUGGCGAUUCACGUGGGGCACGGUUUCCAAUUGUCACAGCACAGCUGUCCAGUCGAGCAUCGUGGACAGGCCCAUUGCUUCUUCCAACCAGCAAGCAAGUGCGGAACCGACUUUCAAACGGUACUCUCUUGUACUUACUCUAUAUAAAAAGAAUGUAAAAAGUAAUAGAAAACUAUUUCUAGUAAGUGGUAUACAAAGAAGUGUUGGGAAGAACUCUACUAGGUGGACGAAAAACAGCAUUUUAUAUCUGAUAUUUGUAGAAGUUCUACAGCACAACAGAUGAGCCGCAUCAAAGAAAUAACCUCACAUGAAUAUUUGUAUCAGAUAAAUUCGGAUGGCUGGGUGUUUGAGCCCGAUUAUUGGGCUGUGUGUCGUUUCCUGCUUGGGCCGCAUGCUCUACGGGAGGAGAUGGAUGUGUGCUCUAGGGAUGAGCUGUAUAUGUAUCGCCGAAUGGCUAGGAUGGUCCUCAAGGUCCAACCUGAUAUCGAUUUCACUAUCCGUCAAACCUACUUCAACGACGAACAGCUGAGACCAUAUAGGUGGACGGCGGGGGUUGAAGCAGCAGGGAAGGCUGUAGGAGGGGAAGAAGGGCAAGGGAUGACUAUCAUAGGAAAGCAGGUGGAAAAGCCUGAUCAUAGAAGUCCUGUUGUACCUGUACUAGUAGAAAAUGAUGCACCUCCUGCAAUCAGAACAAGCGGAGAGGACCAAGUUGUGGGCGUCGUUAGAAAUGAAGCAGAGCUGGCACAACGAGUAGAAAAAGAAGACAACAACUUUUUCGACUCAUCCUCCACACAAGAUACUCAUACUAGUGCUUCAGUAUUAGACACUGCUUCAUCCAAUGCCCCAACGCUCGCUUCCCUACCUGCUUUUGCCGGUCUCCACAUUCGUAGUACCGACAAUGUAGGUCGUUUCCGUCAUGACGUUUGCCUAUAUGCAGACACCGUGGACAGAUUGCUCCGAUUCUAUAGGCCAGACCGCAAAGAGAGGGAACGCCUGCUAAAAACUCCAGGUGGCUGGCACAACUCCCUUGAGAGGCUCUACGAAGAUGGAUGUAUCAAUAUGAUAUAAUUUGAUUGACUUUCUCUAUCUUUAUCUGGAUAUCUGAAUCUGACUUUCGUCGUCAUCUGGAGUUAUUGUGAUUCUCUCUAUUUCUUGGUGAAUGUCAUCUAUGUAGUUUUGUCAAUAACAUCCGUAGUAGAUGAAAUGGUGAAUGUCAUCUAUGUAGUUUUGUCAAUAUUAACAUCCGUAGUAGAUGAAAUGGUGAAUGUCAUCUAUGUAGUUUUGUCAAUAUAUCAUCCGUAGUAGAUGAGAAGAUGUCCUUCGAAUGAUGAAAAUCCUGAUGUUCCCCUUAUUAUUUGGCGACAACGAACAACGUGAACCUUCAGAUGUGAAUCCGUAUUCGAUGCAUGUGAAGAAAAAGCGGCAGUUCAGUAUGGGCGAGCUGCUUGAAGGCAGGUACAACUCAGUGGACGACUAUCACGCCAUAGAAAAGCGCGAACUUAAGAGUCGGUCGGGACACGGCUCAAAAACAAGUACAACAGGAGCUGAGGAAAAUACUGAAACUGUAGGCGGGGAUGAAGAAGAUCAUCUUCGUGCUAGCAGAAGUACAACUACUAGAAAAAAUUCUGGAGACGUAGAAGUGGAAGAUGAGCAGAACAAGGAAGACCAGCAGAGGAGGUUUCUCUCAGCAGGGGUUGAAGACGGUCUUGGAGAUGACGACGUCUUACCUGAUGGCACGGUAGUUUCUCCUUUGAUGCAGAGGAACUACUCGGCAGAGGAGCAACACUUGUGGUAUGGACUAAUAUGUUUUGUUCUCCAUGAUCCUCACGACCAUCCUGGCAGCACUCAUUUUCAGUUUUUCUCAUUUGGCAACGAACUACUAACAAUACAUACAUUUUAAAAAGGGGCGGAAGAAGAACUGUACCAGGAUGGUCCUCCUCUGCCGUCUACUCGAAAACUUCUGGAAAUAACCGAGUAGUUGCUGACUGAAAUAAGGGAGGUAGCUUUUCAAGGCUGCUGCUCUUCCUUGGUCAGUAAAUCUCGGUUAUUCUCGUCUGUUACUCGGUUAUUCGAGUUCUUUAUCGAAUAGAAGAAGGGAGAAAAAACGGAAUGUGUCCUCCAUAGGUGGAAUGUGCCGACAAAAGUGAGGACUGUCUUCGUUGCGACAGACAAUUGCACGAAACUAGAAGACUUUCGUCGUUGUGACGCCUAUCAACGCAACAAGUGGACGUUACGGUCCUUCUGCAGACGAGAAAUCCUCAAGGCUGCUUUAGCUGUCGAAGAACCCACGACCUCCCAUGAAGAAAGGACGAAAACUCCCAUGAAGAAAGGACGAGACGAAACUCGGGUCGUGGAGGUGUCCUCUGCCGACGAGCCAUUUCUAGAAGCAACGGUUUCAGAAACCUCAACAAACGCCAAGAGAACGUCGACAUCUGCAGCCUCGAACUUUGCAUCGACAUCUGCAACCUCGAACUUCGCAAAUAGGAAUGCGUUUGCUUCUAGUGAAUUGGUGGACCAACUCGUUCAAGGAGAGGUGGACCUCAGCGAAGCAGAAAAUAUUCAGCAUACUGCUCUUAUGAUGUUGUAGAUGUACAGUAGAUUUUCUUUGCGCGCCUCGUCCUUCGUAUUCUUAUGAUGUUGUAGAUGUACAGUAGAUUUUCUUUGCGCGCCUCCUCCUUCGUAUUCGUCGUCUUCGUCUUGCCCGUCUGGGUCUUUUUGCGCGCCGUAGUCGUCGCAGUUCUACAGAUUUGGAUUUCCAUCAAUGUAGCAAAGAUUUUGAUUUUCUAGUUUUUCUAUAAAUUUUUAGUCCAUUGUACAUCUAUAGCAGACUGCCGAGUAGAUUCACAUCAUCAGUCCAUUGUGCAACCUCCUUGUUCUCACUGCUUGAAAAAUCAAAAUUUGUCUAAUUUCCAGAUGUUAUCCAAUAGCGAGUGGACACAUCCUAAGCGAGGAACUGGCGCCGAGGACUUGUAUAGUUACGGCUACCUCCAAUCCAUCCACGUAAGGUGCAUCCAUCCCUGCUGCUCAGGCUGCCUAUACAAGGGAAAAAGUACGUACAGAUAUACUGCACCAAUAAGUAGAAUCAAACUAGAUGACAAAAGAAAAACUACUGCACAAGGAAAGUGAUGGAUUCGGGGUCUAAGCUCUAAUAUAGACUGUGGGCAGAGGUCAUGCUGCUGGCCAAGGCGAACUUUGUAGUGGGGACCUUCAGUUCAAACCUCAGUCGACUUGUCCAAGUGUUGCGCAAAUAUCCUCAGAAUACCAUGAUCUCCCUCGACAUGCGAUGGAAACCUGGAUGAGGAGGAAGGGCAUUUGUAGGUUCUUCGACCCGUGGAUGAACACGGAUUUGUUCUUGAGAUUGGAUGAUUAUGAACAAACGGAUACGCUUGUGGAUGAGGUCAAAAUUUAGGGAAAAUUAGGGGAUAUUAUGGCUCCCUAAUUUUCCCUAAAAUUCGUAUGUGGGUUUAAGCGUGUCCGUUUGUUUCUAAGAUGAGGAGGAAGGGCAUUUGUAGCUUCUUCGACCGGUGUGGCUGAAAGUUAACAUUUUUUUGUCACAACUCUCUGACGAGGGUUCCAAUGUUUUUUCCUUUUGUAAGCAGCUCCUGUCCCUUCUUCUAAUAGAAGCAAGAAUUUGAACACUCACUCCAUGUUUUUGUAGUUUGGUUUUCUUUCCAAAGGAAAAAACGCAGGUUGCAAUCACAUUCGUGCGAAAAAAUUCUCCCUAUUGGUUACCUCAAGUAUACCCUAGAUAUCACUCUCGUCCCUUGUUCAUGAUCAUAGACAAGAAUACUGUACUUCUACAACUAGCAAGACUAACAACUAGUUGAACUCCCAACAUGUGAUGCACGUGUUUUUCUAAUGAAUUAGCAACAACUAUGCCAAUGAGCGUUCAUGUCGGGAACCACGCACACGACAACCCAUCACGACAUCAGUGCAACAGGAUUCAACUACGCAUCGCAACGGGAUUCAACUACGCAUAUUCUUAAUCUUCAUGUGGUUUGGGCUUCCGUGGAGGUAGAGAUGAUGAGAUUGAUCAUAUCAUCAGUGUAGGUGCAGGCGAUCCAAGCUCCUAGAUCUAAGGCUAGCACUAUCUACUUUCGAACCCUUCCAUGCACUAGAAUCCGUCUGUUUGGAGGUCCAUUUUUGCUGAUCUCUGAUACAGAAUCUCGGGCGAUGGCCUUGGCAACUACCAAAAACCUCCAAGGGAACGAAUCUGAACGCUGUGCA